AGCGAUUCGUCGAGUUUCUGCAGAUGGCGAAACGUUCGUGUCGUAGCUAUCGCGAGUCGAUUUAUUACGCGUCCUUUCAUCGUUUAGUUUCGUUCGUUUUAAUCGGUUACGUGUCAAUUAUCGUACAACGUAGUUAAAAGGUCUGAACGGAUUAUAAAACCUAUCUUAACGCGGUAGCUAACAGAAAUUAUUUCAGAUAUCGAGCGGUUCGUAGCGUUCGAUGAUAUGUGUAUCUAGUGAUAAACCGCUGGGGAUUUUGUGCGCUCUCUGUGGCGGGAAAUUGCCAACUCUUUUGAACUUCCUUAUUCAAGCAUUCCGCUAAUAAACUUCUUGGGUAGCUAAUUCACAAUGGAGAUCUGCAUCGAUUCUCUAGAAUCAGCGCGAAACGCGAUCGAAGGCGGUGCAGUUAGACUGGAAGUUUGUUCCGCCCUUUCCGAGGGUGGCUUAACUCCCACACCUGGUUUCCUACAUAAAAUUAAAAGCUUUUCUCCUGUACCCGUUUAUGCUAUGCUCCGAGUACGAGCUGGUGACUUUGUAUAUUCGAAAGAAGAAAUGGACGUGAUGUUGCAAGACUUAAAAAUUUUGAAAGAUCAAGGAGCCGAUGGCUUCGUGUUCGGAGCAUUGAAGUCAAAUGACGAAAUCGAUGUAGAAUCUUGCAAAAUCAUUCUUUCUGCUGCUGAACCGUUACCUGUAACAUUCCAUCGUGCCUUCGACGAAGUCGCUGAUCCUUUCGAAUCUUUGGACACGUUAAUUGCACUUGGUUUCGAGAGAAUUCUGACGUCCGGCCAGAAAGAUACCGCGGUAGAAGGAUUGGAGUUGAUAGAAAAACUGGUGAAAAAAGCUGGAGACAAAAUUAUCGUGAUGCCGGGUUCUAGUAUAACCACGGAUAAUAUUUUGAAGAUAAAAAAGGAUUCUGGGGCUAAGGAAUUUCACGCGUCAGCCAAGAGUAAGAUGUUGACUUUCGCUGGAGGGAACAAAAUUAAAAUCGGUGCUAGCAAAGAAACUCGUAUGCUGGUGACAGACAGGAAAUUAGUGCAAGAAAUGGUUGAAAUUAUAACGAACGCGACAUAAGUUGAUCUCGAUGAUAAGACACGGGCAUUUAAAGCGAGGAAUAAUUGCCUUCAAUUCAGGAACCUGUUUCUUUUCUAACGUUCUAAGCGGAUUGUAAUAACCGAUUAUCAAAUAACGUUUUAAAACUGUAAUAUUCUGGUUUUACUAUAUUUGUUUGCGUUUGUCGAAUAUAUUAUUAUCCACCAGACAUAUAUUUCAAUAGCGACACAAUAUUUUAUUAUUUCUUUAUUCCGCUUGAAGAGGGAAUUGUUAUAAAAAUAAGUAAUUGAUUGUAAUGUAUUAACAGAGGAUCGUAAAACCUAGGAUCUCCGCAGACCGCAAGGUUUUUAACUUUGCUUAAUUAAAAAAUAAAGACGAUCAUCGUUACAAGAUAAAUCGCUAAAUAUUAUUCAAUAUUCCACGCGCUAUGUGUCUACGAAGUCGUUAAAUAAUUUAUCUCGAAAGAAGCGCAGAAAAAAAUCUGCAAUAUUCAUUAAUUUUUAUGACCUUUUUUUAACGGGUAUUGCUGGAAAAUUGAGUUGUGUCGUCAUUGUAGGAUGAAAAUAGUUAUUUAUUAUUACGAGCGUAAUCAGUUGCAUAAUCAAUGAAAUUUGAACGACCAUAUGUUUCAUUUAUGAUGUUAUAAAAUUGCGUUUCGAGUUAAAAUCGAAGGAAAAAAUUAAUUAAAACUACCACGCAGAAAGUUCGUCUUUAAAUACCGUGAUUUGCAUAUAAAGUACAACUCGAUCGUUUAUCGGUGUAAAAAGAUCUUUAUUUGCAAUAUUUUCCUCGAUGAUUCUCCCGGGAUUCUUCUCGUAUUUAUUUACCCACAAUUUCAUGAAUCUGGGACAAUUUUUCUCAAGAUCGAAACUCGAGAUACAUAAUGUUAUCGAUAAUAAGUAAUCAAGCUAAGAUUAGUGCAAUUAUAAUAUAUUUAUGCUCCUUAUUGUUACAAGCGAUGACCAUGAAUAAAAUUCUUCAAAUCGAGUUCGUGCCGUAACCAUCGAGGAGCGCAUCACAUUCUCCUGCAUACUGGGUUCACAACAAAAUACCAUUAUCAUUCGCGUUCAAAUUGUAAUGGUUUCACGGUACGUGCAGCGUAAAUGGAAUCUGCAUUACGUGCUAGAAAUUAUGUAUGAGAGAAGAUUGCCUAUUCUGUGCCACAGAGAAUAGAGAACAAUCAUCCGAUGAUUCAGAGUCGAUGAAACAACUGGAAGCCCUUCGUUACGUAUACAGGCUGUUUUGAAAGUUGCACUCGUCGAGAUACGUUUCUUGGAAGCUGUGUUUCACCAUUCAAACAAUCACGUUCUUUCUUAUAAUUUUAAGCAUAGUUACCUUUAAUAGUUACCUUUUAAACAUAAGAAUUACCUUAAUUUACUCUUACUGAUCGUACAGUAUUUGCAAUACCAGGUCGAUAAUCAAAAAACAUUCUAAAUUUCGAUCAUGUUUCCUAAACCGAAUUUAUCGAAUUUCAUCUCGUCGCCUCAGAGGCUACAACUUUGAACCGAUCGGAUGGAGGUAGUCAUGAAUCAACGAUGGCAACAUUGCAGCAAUGGGAGUAUGUUUGCAACCAACUCGAAUUUGCAAACGCUUGCGUAACCUCGAGUCGCUGCAACACGAGUCGAUUCGUAAGGGGUCCUUGCAUACGGAAGAUGACGGCGCUGUAGACCGCGCACUUUCGAUUUGCGACACAGCCAUACCGCAAGGAAAAGUGCGUACGCGCUCGCACAUGAUCUAUCGAUUCGAAAACCACUUGUACUGUCGUGCAAGUAAAUCAUAGAUACGCUAACUCGUAGAGUCGCUGUACGAGUUUGACGACAGGAGGGGUAUCGUUAAAAGUCGCGGGUUAUAGCUCGAACCAACUCACUCGAAAUCGUAGAAUUUUACAUAGUACUGCGUUAUAUUGUACUGAUGCACAAUGGCUAUUUCUACUGCGUCAACGCGUUAUCGGAGUAUAUGUCUUACCAGUGUCUGUAUCUACUGUGGCAACG